UAAGAGAAUAAGUCGGCUUUUUGCUUUUCCUAAAAGGAAACUUAAAGCGGACGAGCAGGAGAACCCUCAAAAAUUUAUCCCGGGGGUUCGGGAGAAUAAAGCUUCGUGGUCCAUCGAGGCGGGAGAAGAGGCGGCUUUGGAUUUAAGGUGGGAGGGGAGGGGCGGAAGAGCUCCGGUCCGCAACCCUUCCGGAGAACUGUAUUCAUCUGCUUCAGCUCCGGAUCCCCAGCUCAGACGGGCCCGUCCUAGGCGCACCAUGACCGAGAUUACCGAAAAGGAGAACGACCCCCAACACAGCACGGAUGCGCAGCAGACCCCGAGCACCGGCUCCAGCCUGCAGGAAACAAAGUUACAAAGGUUCAAACGCUCUCUAUCACUCAAGACCAUCCUGCGCAGCAAGAGCGUGGAGAACUUUUUUCUGCGCUCUGGUAAUGAGUUCAAGCUGCCCUCCGAUGUCCUGCUCAGUCCUCCUGAUUCCAUGCCACCCCCCUCUCCACCCCCAGCUCCCUCCGAAGUAGAAGCCUCCCCGAGAGCUCUUCACAAGUCCCUGGGGACCCUCAAGCCCAUGAAGACGCACAGCUUCCAGGAACACGUCUUCAAGAAACACAACCCUUGUGAAAUUUGCCAUCAGCUUAUUGUAGGAAACUCCAAGCAAGGUCUACGAUGCAAGACAUGCAAAGCAAGUGUGCAUUUGUGGUGUUCAGAAGAAGUUUCUCAUCAGCAGUGCCUGGGCAAGACACAGGCAACCUCUUUCCGCCGUAAUCUUAGUUCUCCUCUGCUGCUCCAUGAACCACAGCCCCAACAAGCCCCAGCCAAGGAAUCUCCUCCUGCAGCAGGCCCCAGUGGAAAGGUAGAUCCCGUUUAUGAGACUUUGCGCUACGGCACUUCACUGGCCUACAUGAAUCGCUCCAGCUUCAGCAGCACCUCAGAGUCCCCCACCAAGAGUCUGAAUGAGAAGGAGGAACUAGUUCAGAACACAGAAGGCUCAACAGCAAGUGGACCAACAGCAGAGGAAAAUAUGACCGAUAAUGUUUUCUCAGCGGCCACAGAAGGAGAGAACCCUGUAUUGGAAGAAAAGAACUCAGGGCAACAGCCAUCUCAAGGCUCUACACGCAAAGAGGUCUCACCCAUGUAUUCUUAUGUUGCUCUGUACAAGUUUCUGCCUCAGGAAAACAAUGAUCUGCCACUAAAGCCAGGAGAUCGAAUCAUGCUGAUAGAUGAUUCUAAUGAAGAUUGGUGGAAGGGGAAGAUGGGAGACCGCAUUGGCUUUUUCCCAGCCAAUUUUGUCCAGCGAGUUCGCCCAGGUGAAACUGUUUGGAGAUGCUUUAGGACUUUCUGUGGCAACAAAGAACAGGGACAGCUGAGCCUUAAAGAAAACCAGAUCUGUGUUGGUGUGGGAAAGACCAAAGAGAAUGAAGGUUUCAUCAAGGUGACAAGUGGCAAAAAACGUGGGCUGGUGCCUGCUGAUACUCUGACAGAAAUUUGAAGAUGAAAGAUGAGGAGCCAAAUGAGAGAAGUAUACACUAAAAAGAGGACGCCUACAAGGGGAGCGAAGCUGCCUUGUGUUCCUCUAGGCCACCCCAUAUCGGAGCACCUGGGUAAUCACUGUUUCACAGAAUCUUCCCACUGGAUCUUGCGAGCAGCUUUUGUGGAAGGGGUAAAAGAACGCUUGAGGGGGAAUUGGCAAGAGCACCACUUGCUGUGUAUCUUUAUCCACGUGGGGUUGGAAAUUCACUCCUGUUUGACUUAGUUUCUCAUCACAUUCACUGCAGUCUUUGUAAAGGUCUGUGGCGAAGAGCUCACUGUGUUGUGAAUGUGAGGGAGAUUUCCUCUGCUGUAAUUCACACCCUGUCUUCUUGUCUUUGGACCCUGACAAUAGAUGCCAGUUAAUAAUUAACCAGCCUUAACUUAUUGGGAGGGAUCUAUCUUAGUGUAAGGCUCUCGACCCCCUCCCAAUUUCAGAAAUUCCCCAACAAUGCUGUUGCAUGCAAGCUACCCAUGGAAAUGCAAAGCCCUUCUCUGACUAAGAAGACCAUGUGGUGUGUUGGUUUCUGUGUUAGUUUUCUUUCUCUGUAUUUGUGUGACUGUUUGCUCACAAUUAGUAUCACCGUCUGUCAAAAAGAUGAUGUGGCCAGGCAAUUAUAUACAGCCUUUUAUUGGUCACAUACUGAGGAGUCUUACUUUGGAGCCUCUUCUGCUUAAUUUUUAGGAGGCGAAGUGGUUUGCAAUUCUGUUGUGCCCUUUCCUGGGUCCUGGGGAAAUCAUACAACUAUGUUUGCUCCUCAGUGUGUAGUGGCUGACCCGCCAUAUAACUGAUAGCAGCAUUGAUAAUUUCUCAGGGACCUUCCUUAGCCAGAUGCUUUUCUGAACUAAACAGAGAAUAUUCCUGCUUUGCUCAUAGGAGUUCAAAGAUCCGGGUUACUCCAGAUUUCUUUGUUUCCCAGCAUGCUUUCAGCUAUGUGAUUUGCAGAUAUAUUUUUGUAAAACAGAAAAGGAAAGAAAAGAAAGAAAAAGAAGAAGAAUGAAAGUCUAUGAUUUGAAAAGAAUUAUUUAAUAUAAUAUUUGCAUCGACAUCCCUAGUAUGACUGAACUAGCAUUUUUCUCACUUGAUUUGCUGGUUAAGAAGAGAUGCCUUGUUAAAUCCUAUGGUUUCUUGGGCCCAGUUGGAAUAUAUAACAGGCCACAUAUGAGAUAUUGGCCUGAGAAAGAUGGCUCACAUGAAAUACUUCUGUGAGAUAGACCAUUGACCACCAUUUAACCAAUAGUACGUAUAACACUGUGAUUCUAGCCUAUUAGUAGGUUAGGUUAGUAGGUUAGCAAUAGGUAUUCCUUUGCUUCUUCCAAAACUCCAGAAAUACAUUUUCUUUAUUUAUACUUCAAAUUGUCCAAACAGCAUACAAAAUAUACAGUUAAGUGCUUAAUUCAUCAGGUAUUCUCAAAAUACGACUUGGUGAUUUGGUGAUGAUCAAUACACAGCACAUUCAUGACAUUCAGUAAAUGUUUUCUAUUUUGUUUUUUUGGGAGUAGAAAUACAUUUUCUUGUUUUCUUACAUAAAGACUAUUAGUGAGAACUUUUAUUAACCUAAUGUUAAAGCCCAUAUCAUAAAAGUCAUCCUUGCAUUAUACAUGGUUUUGCCAUAAUCUAUGGUGAAAGACUGCUGUUACAAUAAACAAAUCCUGUUUGCUAUCACAAGUGCAAAAUAUAGGCAUAUGCACAAUGCAAUGAGAAAACAAAUGAUGCAUCAAAAAGAUUUGAUCAAGUGUGCAAACUAUCUGAAACUAUGUUAUUGCUCAGCAAUAGGGACCCCCCCAAAAAAAAUCAUGUAAUGAAGAAAUUGCCACAAGGAAGAAACGCUGAUUCAGGAGUAGAAUCUGGUGUUACGUUUAGAGAUGACUUUUAGAUUCUUCCAUAUUUAAGCCAUCUCUCACAUUCUGAUGAUCAUUUAGUCAUGCACUAGAUAGAAACAGUUUCUUUUUCAUCAAUUAGCUCCUUGGCAGUCAAAUCCAUCUUCUCUUGGGAGAAGUCGUUAGCAAGCUACUCAAUUCCGUCUCAAAAAUCCAUCAGUAUUUCUUUUUUACUUGAAAUCAGAAUAUUGUUCCAAGUAUUUCCAUAUCAUAAAGGCAUCGCUAUAUUGGUCUGAUUCACAUCUAUAUCAUAGAAUUUCUGCAACACUAAGCAAUGACUUGCAAAUAUGAUGUCCAGAUUUCAUAACCAGGAACUUUAUAUCAUUAGAAAUGCUUUCAACAAAUGAGCUUAGGCAUUCAGUUGCCAAAAAUUAAGCAUAAUGAAAUCAAAUAAUGUAAAUGCAUGUAUGAGUCAGACUCUACCUUGGGAAAUUUAUUGCUUGCAAAGCUAAUAUAAAGAUAAUAAAGAUUAGAAUGUAUUUAAAUGUCAGUGUCACCAAGUGGAAGCUGUAGAGGAAAAAGAAGCACUUAAUAUUUGUUGGACAAUAUGUGUUAAAGUAUGGCACAAUAAAUCUUCCACCAAGUACACAGACUCAUUUAUAUUGUCUUUUCUGGGUCAGGACCAUGAAAAUAGAUGAUAUAAGCAACAAGAGUAUCAGCCGUAGCAAUUUUCCAAAAUAAAUAAUGUUUAGAUAGAGACCAACAGUAGGAAAAUCUAUUUGGAAGAUGAAUUUCCCAUUCUUGUUUUAUUAUGCAUAGUUACGUUUGCACUAUUUUUGAAUUACUGUUGGAUAGAACUUUUCCACUUUUUGUGCACUAAUUUGGGGUUAUCUCAAGCUAACCAAGCACUUACGGAGUGGUUUAGCCACUGUCUCGAUAAACAUGCAAAUUUUACAGCAUGCACAGCAGCAUUCCUGAGGAGUUUUGCUUGGUUGUCAGGAUUAAAAAAUUAGAUCCAUAAUCUUAUGAUUCUCAUAUCAAGAGUGCCAGGAGGAAAGUACAUAGGACAUAAUAUGAGAUCUUCCAGCUGGAAGGUUUAGGUUUCCUACCGCACUAAUUCAUGUGGCAGAUGUAAUUUCUUUAUUGGUUUCCCCUUUAUUCUCCUUUAAAGGUUUUAUUCAGAAUGUUGGAGUUAACUGGAACAUAUUGAAGCACAUUUUUUCUUUUCUAGUGAAAAAUGAUAUAAUUACUUCUCAAAAAAUAACAUCAUAGAAAAUAUCCCUGGUGGGGGCUAUAAAAUCGAUUAGAGAAAUGGAAGAUGGGAGGAGGAAGAACAUGUGGCCAGAUACUACUGACCCUACUUGAUUAAUAACCCUAAUGAAUGGGGUAAUACAGAGGUGAUCUGAUAAGAGUUCUCCAGAAUAAACUGCAGCAAGAAGCAAGGUGAGAUACAGAAGAUGUGAAGGGAAGGAAAUAUAAUCAGAAUUACAUUAUGUUUCUCUUGAUAAUAUACUGAUUUUUGGAGUUAAAACCAAAAGAUGUGUUUACUUGCCCAGUGGAUCUCCUGAACUACCAAUACUUGCGGGGUGGGGGAUAGUUUGUUUGUUUUUCUUCAUUGGCUAAUUGUUACAGCAGCAACUAACUAUACAUCUAAAACAAUGCCAUGUCAAUAUAUUUUCCUUCUUAGGCAGGCUGUGUGAGAGACUGGUCACAAAAUACAUUCAACAUACAUUUGAAAUCUCCAUUGUACAGAAAGUGUAGCACCCUUGAUUCCUUGCUGGAAUCCCACUCAUCUAAGCAAUAAUGUUCAAUUCUUUCUUGGCUGCAUAUAGACAUAUAUGUUUAUAAAUGGCAUCUUUGUAUAUGUUGAAGAAUGCAUUGUGGUCAAAGGGGAGAAAAUGGAAAAAAUGUUCUGAAUUAAAUACUAUGAUGCACCAAACACUGUGAUUGAUAGGUUUUUCUUCUCCCGAUUUGGUCAAAGUAAUAUUGGUUUUGUUAUCUUCUGGUAAGAUAGUUAAAGGUAUGGUGAAGAAUUGUAAAGCCAGAACCUUAUACUUGAAGGUCAGCACUUUGCCUAAGCUGUUCUUAUCAAAUGUUUCUCUAUGUCUUAGCUCGGUACUUCAUUCUUUAAAAUAAUUGUUAUUCCGCACUUGCUAUCAAUGCUAUCAUCACCAAGUGAAUGAAAUUUGCAGGCUGUUCAUAUGGAUGUAAUAUUUAAAAUAUUUGAUAUGUUUUCACAUAACUGAUAGUGUUCUUAACCUGAAUAUACUGAUUAUCCAGGCUAUUUAAUAUCUUGGAAAUUUACUUUUGGCAAGCUGCUUGCAAUUCUAGAGUCCAUAAAUAUGCUUAUUUGUCCAGUAUAGCAAGACAUCCUGAUCUGAAGAAUUUGGAUGACUUGGGAUGUGGUCAUGCAACUAAUUGGGAUAGUAAUAGUAAACCUGCCUUUACACAGUGAAAGUGAAUGUGUGUGGUGGGAUAGUGCUCUGCUAAUAAUCUCUAUGUACUGUAUGUGUGUAAGACAGAAAGAUACAGAUAUAGGGAACGGUCUUUUUAAAUGUUACUCAGUAUGUAUAUAUUUGGUACCAAGUUUACAGCUACUUCCACAAAAGUUUAUUCUUAUAUUCCUGAAUGUGUGAACUCAUGUGUUUCUGAGUUUUGGGCUGUAACUCCUGUAGUUGGAUUUUGCUUUGGCCUAUAUUAAGGCAUUUCACUGUCAUCUGUACCAUUUCUUUUAAAUUUCUUUGUUUAAGAAAGUCAGUAUAAAAUAAUUCUAUAUUGCCGUGUGUUGAUCUUUCCACCUUGGCCUAGGUAGGUCUUCGAUGGACAAAGAAAGUACAGAGUACUAAGGUUUCACUGAAUAAAUAUAACAGUUCUGAAAUAAGGUGAUGCUAUGAAAUAAUUUUGAGACAAGAUGUGGCUCAGAGAAUUCUAGACUUCUUUUCCUACAAUAUUGAUAAACUCUUCCUAUGUGCUCCAUACUGCUAUUGGUGCUGAUCAUGUGCAUGAGCCCAUAUUCUUGCUGCCACAAAUAUUAUAUACUUUCAUCAUCUAAGAAAAAAAAAUAUUGGAAAAAGGAGUAGAAUAUAAUGGAAUACUACAGAAGGGAAGGAUGACAUCACAUUGAUAAACAUAAAAGAUAUCCAUUACAUUUGUGCUGCAAACUCAAUUGCAGUUUUUUUUUUCAAGGUGAUCUAUUUUCAAGAUCCAUUCUUCAGCUUGCUACAUUUGUUAUUGUGGGGAUCAUAUUAAGGAAGGAAAGGAGGCAAAUGAUAAGGAAGUUAUUAUCAAAAGUAAAAAAUGCAAAUAGGUGUUUUCCCCUUUUGGUAUAAAACGCAUAGUGUCCAACAUUUGGUGUGGUCCUCAACCGGAACUGACAGAUCCUUUAAAGUUCCCCAGUCUGAUAUAUAGAUAUAUAUA